UAUUCGUAAUCUCUGGAUCUAUUAUUGAAUCACAUUUUCCCACCUGUGGGUGAAAACCUCUACCUGCGUUUCCAUUAUAGAGCCCUUUAUAUCCCACUUCAGAAUAAGAUGUUUUGACGAAUCGACCUUCGGGGAACUGAAGUACUACCGCACUCAGUGAAAAGACAUAAUUUAGUGUAAUUGGGCAAGCGGGCUUUAAAGCACCUAGGUCGACACAGAAACGAAAGUCGGCAAAUUUUAUCCACAUUUUGCGCUUUGGAGGAAUAAUGUUCUGAGUUUUGAAAAACCAUUCUAUCUUGAGAGGAAAGAAUAGAAGUAAUGUCGACAAUAUGUCCGGAGCACAGCAAUGAAGAGGUGAGAUUUCAUUGUGAAGAAUGUGUGCGUUUCAUCUGUGACGAAUGUGUCGUUUCAGAUUGUAAAGACCACGCUAAGGUUCGGUUAUUAACGUUUAUUGAAAGAAAGAGGAAAGAAUGCCAAGAUUUCAUCGAUAAUGUGAAGGGGACGAAAAUUGAUGAAAUCGAAACGAGAAUCGCCACACUUUCGUCCAGUCGCGAUCAAUAUUACCUUAAUAUUGAGAAAGAGAUACAGUCAAUUAAAAAUAGAACAGAGAAACUUAAACAAAUAUUGGACGAGAUUGAUAAUGAUGUAAUAUCUCAACUGACUAAGGUAAAGGAAACGAUGAAAGUAGAGAUCGAAACAUUUCUGGAAUCCGAGCAGAGAAAACUUGUCAAUACACAGAAGAUGGUGGAGAACUAUAAGGAAGUCGUCUUAUCUGAUGACAAGAUCCUUGAAAUUCAUAAUGAAAAUAGACUUUCCAGCUAUCCCGAGGCAGAGACACAACCUUUACCGAUUUUGAAAUCGCCGAAGUAUGUCUUAGGGAGUGGAAACGAGAAAGGGAUGUUGACAGUCUUGCAUGGUUAUAUUGAUGAAGGUGAUUACGAAGAUGUAGAUCCCAGACAGAUGAUAGACAAACUGUCAGAUGACGUAGAUGCCAGACAGAAUUUAGACAAACUACCAGAUGAUGAUCACGAUGAUGCCAAAGGAAGCGGUUUCGUGGAAGUCCGAAACAAAAUCGAGAUUGCACAAUCAGACGAGCCGUUUUCAUCCGAAGAAGAAAUUCUAUAUAUGGCAUGCAAUGAAAAGGGUUUGAAAUGGGUUCUAGGGAAAAAGACUUUAUGGGAGAUUAAGGACAACGGCUCAAAUCGUCUGAUGGAGAAACAUAUGAAAACACCCGAAACUUCAGCAGAAAACGUAGCAAUUUCAAGUAAAGGCGUUCUCUUUAUGUUGAAUUUAUCCAAGGCUUGCAUAAUACUCUACAAACCAUCAUCUUCGACUGUCAGAAAACUUAUGAAAAAGGAUGCAGAAAAGUCAACGUUUUUAAUCACGACACCACUAUAUCCAAUGUGUAUUGGCGCCAUGUUUGAUAACGAAAUAGUCGUCUGCCUGGGUGAAAAUUCACAGGGAAAGGAUGCUACAGAUUUUAUCUAUAUACGUUGGCAUCAGAUUGAACCAAAAUAUGGAAAACUUAUGCGAGAAUUGAAAUUAAAUUCAAAGGAGCACCAAAUUUCUAAUCCUGUGUGGCUUGUUUGAGUGACGGGACGAGCGUCAUUCUCGAACAAUCAGAACCAAGUCUGCACCUGAUUGAUGCCGAUGGAAUUCUACUGCAGAAAGAUCCCACGGACGCCAAUCCAACCUGUCUCACAAAAGACACGAAUGACAACCUCUGGAUAGGUUAUUCAUCGGGAGUUAUUCAAAGUGUUGCAUAUAAGCACACACGAAUUUAUGAUGAAGUGCUUCAGAUAUGAUAUUCAUUGCUAAUUGACAUUUUGUUUAAAAUAGAUUUCGUGGAGAAAGUUUUUUUUAACCGAACAACUACUCUCCAAAACAACAUUAUGAAGUUGUAUCAAAGGGUCCCCUAAGGCGAACGCAGGUAGAAUUUACCUGGAUAAUCUAGAUAUAGAUAAAGCAGAACAAAUAUCUUUAUAUUAUUGUAGAAAAUCAAUAUCACUAUAUUUACACAUGAAGCACUGAUAAUUUCCAUGCAUAAUACAUUUUUUAAUGAAGCACCGGUAAUCCAAAUAAUUUUCAUUCAUUGAAUCUUUUCUUUUACAUUGCUUUUGAAAUGACAUUGCUUUCAUAAUAGACAAGGAAUACAUGUUUGUUGCAAAGUAGUUCGAUCCGGGUUUUUUUUGGUUACCACUGUCUGCGUAAUCAUUACCAAAAAUGGAGCGUCGUCAAGGUCAAAGGUUGAAUUGGCUGUUAACGAAAUGGUAAACGAUAUGAUAUUUCAGAACUUAAAUUUAGUUUAUACAUGUAUUUUUAAAAAUACUUUUAAAAAGAUGUAAAAAAUAAAAUGUCUUUCUUUGUUGUUUUAUCGGGUAAUGAAGGUAGCUAGCUAGUUUAACUUACUUGAGUCAGCGGUUUAAGAGGACUUUUCUUAAUUGAAAAUUUGUGUGUCAAUGUUGUCCAGAUCGUUUCUCGUUUUCAACUUUAAUCCAAAAUACAUUUCUCAACCAGAUUUGAUGCAAGUAUUCGCAGGUGAUGGGUUUCUUUGUGUGUUUGUUUGUCUAGAUUUUUUUUUUCAUAUUGAGACAUCACCAGUUGUAUGUGAAGUACCACAAGUUUAGACCUGAAAGGAUCCUCAGAUAGUAUGGAUUCAAAAAUGAAAGUUGAUCACAAGGCAUCGUUUGAGCAGGCACAUAGGAUGGGAAAAUUGCGCAAGUUCAGCAUCACUCCACACACAAUAAUAGCACAGUUCAGCUCCUUUAGGGACCGGGCAUAUGUUAGGCUGAAAGCUCCCAAGAAGGGACCAAUUUCAUGAGGCAAAUUUUACACAUCGAAAGCCAUGGAGCCACAUUGGUAAAGAGAGGAUCCGCUACCACGUUCUAACAAACGCCUCCGCAAAUCUCCAUUGACACCGCCACCAUAUCCUAACAACACCUCCGCAAAUCUUCAUGGACACUGCUACCAUGUUCUAACAGACGCUUCAGCAAAUCUUCUUGGACACCACCACAAUGUUCUAACAAAUGUUUCCGCAGAUCUUCUUGGACACCGCCACAAUGUUCUAACAAAUGUUUCCGCAGAUCUUCUUGGACACCGCCACAAUGUUCUAACAAAUGUUUCCGCAGAUCUUCUUGGACACCACCACAAUGUUCUAAUAAAUGCUUCCGCAGAUCUUCUUGGACACCGCCACAAUGUUCUAACAAAUGCUUCCGCAGAUCUUCUUGGACACCGCCACAAUGUUCUAAAAAAUGCUUCCGCGUUCUUUAUGGCAGAUAUAUCAGGUUCAAACAGGAGCUCAGGCGACGGAAAAUUCCCCCCUGACCCUUCGUCGUUGACUGUAUGUAGCAUAAAGAAUAUAUUUCAUUACUGUGAGUUUUCCAAUUUCUUACCUAAUUAUACCGAAACAAAAUUAGAUAAAUUUGAAAUAUCGGGUUAUACAAUUUUUAUGAAAAAUAUACAUAAACUAACAAAUAUAAGAUCUGGUGGAAUAUUCAUUGUUGUUAAAAUAAUACUGUGACAUGCAUAAGUAUAAAGAUAUAAAAUCAAAAAUUGAUAUGAAUGUUAUGUUAUCUGAUUUUUUCAGUUGUAAUAUCCGAGUGAGGCAUGGUGAAAAGUUAUUACUUUUUUGUUUUCCUUGUACAUGAAUAAUUUAGAGGGAUUUUUUGGUUGUUUUUUUUUCCAAAUGUUACUGGCUUAUCCAGCAUCACAGAGGGUUUUGAAGAAAGAAAAUCAUUUAUAUAUGAAGUUGUUUUAUAUGCAGGUAAUGCUGAUUGAAUUUGCUACUAAUCCUUUGCCGUAUGUAUUGAACGAACUUUAUACUUACUGUGAAAACUGGAGACUAAAAUUAGAUAUUGGAUUUUUUCAAAGAAUCGAUGCCAAAACUACCAUGUUCAAUGUAUAAAAAUGAAGAAAAUGAAACAGUAAAGUAGUUUAUCAUUUAGGAGUAAUCUUUCCCGACUGGCUCAUUAUGUAAAGCAAGAAAAUAUUCAUCUGCACAAGCAGAAAGAGCACUGUAUGAUGCUUUAUUUGAUUUACCUUUUUAAUUGCCAGUUAGAUUUGUUUGACAAUUAAGAUUGUAAUGUAGGGUUUUGAAAACAUUGGUAUUAUUGAAUGUGUCCAUUUCGGUAUCUUUAUUUCUUCAUACAUGUAUUUGUACAACUGCUGUAGUCAUGGAGAUAUGAGUAAUAAUUGGAUUUCUUGUAUUCAAAAUAUCCUUCAUUCUUGUGGUUUAUCAUACUUUUGGAAUUAGCAAAAACCUCGUAUUGUUGAAUCAAAGUAUUAAAGACCAUUAUCUUUAAAAUGGUGGUCUUCACAUACGUUCGAUUCUUCCAAAGGUGUUACAUCUGUAUAUACAGACUAUUCAACGCAAAAUUCGAAUAUGAAAAUUACUUCCGUUUCGGAAAUUUAGAAACAUAUCUGCAAAAUUUCGAAAAAGUGAGCACCGUCUCCUUGUUUUCUUUAUUUUUUUUUUAAUGCUUUUUCAUAGACUCUAGUUCUUUAUUUACUUUUGCAUGAAUUUGUAAAAUUUGUACCGUAUCCCAUGUGUCAUAAAUGUAAUUUGAAUAAAAUAAAUGUAAAAAAGGAAAAUUGAAAA